AUGGAAUCCCCCAACGUCAUCGUCUGGCUGCUCCCCUCCUCAACCAACCAACCAGCCCUCGAAACCAUUCGCAUGCCCCAAAACGCAACCAGAAAGGUCGACGCGAUCCCCUCAUCCUACGAGCCCAUAAUCCAGACGCCGAACCCAGACACAGCACCCACAACACCAACCAUCGACCCCUCCGUCCUGACCAAAUCCUCCUCCUUCUUCUCCUUCUCCUCCGCCUCUUCCUCCCCCAAACCCCGCCCAGCCCUCUCGCUCUCCUUCACCGACCCCCCAAAAAACCACACCAGCUUCGUCCUCGGCACCGACCCAUCCCUCUGCGACAUCCUCCUCCCCAACCUCCCAGGCAUCGCCCCGGCACACUGCCACAUAACCUUCGACGCCGACAAGCGCCUCGUCCUCGUCGACACCUCGGACGCCGGCACGGCCGUCUGGUACGAUGGCAACAGCACCGGCGACCGCCGCCGCGAGUCCUGGACCCUCAGCAGCGGGUGCACGUACGGUUUCCCCUCCAUGGUCGACCGCAUCGUUGUUGAUAUCCAGACGGUGCGGUUCCAGGUCGUUGUUAAUGAGGCGCAUUCACUACGGCCCGAGGUUUACCAGGAGAAUGUGGAUAGCUUCAUUUCGAGCCUCGCGAGCGCCAGCGUCGUAGCGGCGGCAGCGGCGGCGGCGGUGGCGGUGGAAGAAAAGACCAUACCUGGUGUCGAUCUCGCCGAGCAGCAGGAGCAGCAGCAAGAGCAAGAGCAGCAGGAAGUGCGCCGUGACGACAAGGACGUCUGCGACUUUUACUACAACUUCAACUUUGAUCUCGGCUUCGACCUCAGCUACGACUGCGACUACGAUUUCGACUACGACAUGUCGGACGACGAGAUGGUCGACGAGGAAGAAGGAGACCUUUUCCCGCCUAUCCCCUCCGUCGUGCCGCCCAUGUACGUCAAAUACCUUCUCACCUCGGACGACGGCACGCCGCCGGAGACGUACCUCUGGAACACGGCGCGGCCUUGGGAGCCAAUGGUCAAGGUCGUCUGCUGA